AUGGCAGCCCCAGUAUCAAGAGGCCUCAGAGCUCAUAGAAAGUCUCGACAGGGGUGCAUGGCAUGUAAAGCACGAAAGGUGAAGUGCAACGAAGCACGCCCGGCAUGUGAUGCGUGCGUCCGCCGAGAAAUAUCAUGUCACUAUCCCGAACCAAUUCAAAAACGACCGACAGAGACAAGGUCCCCUUCCAAUCCGCCUUAUGACCUUGACCCCUCCAGGGAACUCGAUAUUACAGUGGCUCGUGAAACAAAAGAACGUCGAUUACUUGAGAUGCGCCUGCUUCACCACUUUUGUACCGAGACCGCCCAAAAAGGGUUCCUUUCCAUUCACGAUGAAGGUGUUCGUGAUCUGUGGACUAAAGGUGCUCCGACUCUAGCUUUCGAUCAUCCAGUCCUCUUGAAUAUGAUGAUAUCAAUUGCAGCUCUCCAUCUUACCAAGAUCAACCCAGCGGCUGAAGACAUGGCAGAUAUUCAUCGGAUAUAUUUCAAUGCAGCUGUUCGUGAGCAUCGUCAAGUCAUAAAAAAUAUCAACAAGGAUAAUGUUGAAGCUGUGUGCCUCUCUACAAUUCUGAUUGGGUUGCCCGCGUUCAUCCUCCUGCAAAACAAUAAUAUUGGCCAUUACACAGUUCCAACCCAAGUAUUCGCUCUUCUCCGUGGGAACGUUGUUUUGUUUUCGCAGACAAUUCCUAUGCUCGAUCCGAAUAGCCAGCUAGAAGCUCUGAUUUCCGCCAAACCAGACAUGAAGACGUUAAUGGAAGAUGUUCGUAGUAAAAUAUAUCACCAACCAUUUUCGGAGCUUUUAAACUGGAGGGCGCCGGGUGAGGUUAUUGAUGAGGAAAGCCAGGCUGCUUUUACUUUUGCAUUAAAUUAUUGUGGACGCAUUCUACUCGGUAUCGAAGGUGGAGAGGACCUUUACGAACUUCGCCGUGUCAUAUAUGCGUUUCCGACAGUCGCACCCAAAGCAUUUGUUCAACAAUUGAACGGAAACAGCAAUCGUGCACUUGUUAUUUUGGCUCACUUUUUCGCACUCUGCAAAGCUGCUGAUAAUGUCUGGUGGAUGAGAGGAAUUGCAGAAAGAGAGGUGUUUGGCAUACAAUCCAUUCUCCCUGAAAAUUGGCAAUGGGCAAUGGCAUGGCCUGUGCAAAAGCUAGCAGCGUACGCUGCGAUCAAUGUGACAACUUCAACUAAAUAGGUAGAUGGUAAUAUGUCACAUUUGUGCAUUUUUGUGUAGUACAGACGAGAAAGCUACUUACGGACCAUAAAAUUAAUCUCCGAUUUCGAUUACAAUGGCACCGGCCCUGCUGCUGCACGAAUUUGUUUCUUGAAUGCUAUAAUUCAGACAAAUUGAGCAUGUGCCCUACCUCUCAAAUAUUGUUCGGAGAACCGUCCCUGAAGAGGGCAAAAUCUCAAUGGAAUUCCUGUUCAGAGGUGUGGCAGUCUGAAGAACCCGCUGGACGACAUUCCAAUUAAUGGAUAUGUUCUACGAGACGGGGAAGGACUUAACGAUGUGAUCGACCAAUCGAACAACAAUUCUGAAAUAAGGCCUUACUCAUUAGCUGCUGAUGUGAAAGGAAGCCUUCGAUCCAUCUUCUUCGGGUAUCGAACGCGUGUAGUUCAGAGACCUACAAUGAUAUGGAUGCGAGUCCUUUCCAAAUCGAAAUCGAUGGUUGAUCUGAUCUGACUUCAGCAUCGAACUAUGGUACACCACUUAGCAUCGAUGUAUCGUUAUCUCAGGAACUUAUCACAAUGGUACUAGCAACAGAUUAACUGUAUCAAUGCGCACAAGUCAGAUUCUGGCAAAUCCAAAGAAGUAUUAGACUUUCUACACUUCAAUUAUACUGGUUUUAGAUGUUCUGAGAGCCCACGAUUACUUCCUUUUUUCACUUUCAGAACACACCUCUGCUCCCAACCGACAAGAAUUUAAGUUAUCGCUAAUUGUUGGUAUCAACUUGGGUUGAUAAAGUAUAUAGUACUUUAGUCUAUUGUAUUUCAUUUAUGCUUGAUCCUUAUUAUUAUAGGAAGCUAGUACUUAAUAUAGUAGAAGAGCUAGUGUUAGUGUAUACGCUAGUAUAUACGCUAGUUACAAUACAAUGUCUUCUUAGAUUAUACAAUCAAUAUCCUGAUACUAGCAAUUCUUAAGUUGAAUGGAUCAUAUACUUAAAUCUAAGUUUAUUAUUC